GUGUGACGCUUUUCCACCACAGAGUCAGAUGGAGACUCUUCUGAGUGGGCCAUGGAGCAGCAUGAGGCCAUUGAGGGCCUCCUUUGUGAGACUCCUUCUCUGCUCCCUACUCUUCCGCUCUCUCUGGCCUCCGGUGAGGAGCCUCGUGGGCCCGAGGGUCCCGCUUUGGCCCCCGUCUCCCAAGCAGCAGUCGCCAACAUAGCCAACCAAGGCAAAGCCAUUAAGAUUAAGGAGGAGAAAAUCAUCCCUGAGAUCAAGCUGGAGCCACAUGAAGUGGAUCAGUUCCUCAAUUUUUCACCCAAAGGCCUGGAGUCCCCACAGAUGCCCCCCACUCCUCCCAGCUCCCACGGCAGUGAUUCAGAGGGCAGCCAGAGCCCCGUUCAUGCCCCGCCCAGUCUGUCCUGCCCCACCUCCCCCAGCAGCCCCUCUCCAUCUCAGCCCAGCGUCAAGGUGUCUCCCCGCGCCGCUUCCUCCUUGUCCAACUCCCCUCUGCUCACCGCUCCUCAUAAGCUACAGGGGUCUGGGCCGCUAAUCCUGACGGAGGAGGAGCGUCGAACUCUGGUGGCCGAAGGUUAUCCCGUUCCUACCAAACUGCCGCUCACUAAAGCUGAAGAAAAGGCACUUAAGAAGAUCCGCAGAAAGAUCAAGAACAAGAUUUCAGCUCAGGAGAGUCGCAGGAAGAAGAAGGAGUACAUGGAUGCUCUUGAGAAAAAGUAAGCCUAACUUCUUCCCCUACAUUUUUUCGUUUGUUAAAAGCUAAUAAUAAAUAAUAUUGUACAUGCAUGCUGCAUCCUCCAUCUUGCAUCAUAUUGACUCAGUGUACCACGCAUCAUUACGAUUCAUUACAAAUUCUAAGUCCCUUACUCAUCACUGCAUUCUUUAUGAUCUAGUUGGUUGGACAUCACUAACAAUUCGUAGAAAACAGCACUGGUAUAUCUUUAUCUAUAAAGCAAUACUUGGUAAACUCCCACUGUACCUCUGUAACCUCCUCUC